AUGCAGAGAUGUAAAGAGCUUAGUCGACUUCCUAGGGCCCCUCAUUUUUCCUCCUUACUAUUUCGGAAACAGAGCCCCGCAUCUUCCUCCGCCAUCCAACCUCUACAGAAAGCGGCAACUGUCCUGGAUCCAGGUCAUCCGGCUGCCUAUCUGCCAAGGAAAAUUCUUCCUCGUUUUCGCAAUAGCGUUUUCAGUGUGACGGCCACACCUUUUGGUUUACUUGAACCGGAGUCCAUUCCGUGUCAACCGCCGUUCGAUGUUUCCUUCGAAACAUGGGCCGAGCGCAUCUCACGGUCUUUAACUGAGCCUAUAACAAAUGGACUCGUCGGUCCAAUUCUUGCCCCAGUUUGUUUGCCCAAGUAUCAGAAACGCGGACGUCUGCCUAUGUCUUUGGUCACGGUAGUAGGGAAGAAGGCAACAAGCAAAAAGAAAGUUGUUCGCCUGAGGAUCAUAAAUAAAGUCAAGAAUGCAUUGAACUUGGCAGUCACACGAGUGGCGGAAGUAAAGGAUGGAAAGCUUGUUCUUGACGAAGCAUUGUCACGAGAGAAUCUUAUAUGUCGAGGCUGGACAUACUCUGUUUAUCCCAGCCUUGAAGUUUAUCGGAUGUCUUUUACUGAGCUUAUCCCGACGGUCCUCCAAGCUUUAAGAAGCAUACACAAGCAGGUAACUGAACUAGAGAAUAGUUGGGCACAGAAGUCUUUUGAAAAUCAACUUCAUAAAUCAUCUACUUGGAACAUCACCCAGCAUUCUCCUGUGUCCAGCAAACUGCCCCUCAAAACCGUGACUUCUCAUGAGCGCAGAAAUCGUCGACUUCUCGAUGCAGAAAUGAAUGAUCUGACAGCUCGCUCACCUAUGUCUUCUGGAGAAUGGCCUUCCGAAAGGAGCACAAUGAGCGAUGGGACUGUAUCUACACAAUUUCCAUCGCGGACGGAAUUCAAACCAUCCAAAUAUCCUGAAGAGAAAAACAGAUCGGCUGGGAAAGUAGAAGGACUAUCUCAGUUACUUGCACGCAUCAGUUCGGCAGCCCCUCAGAUGUACCAGAACGAGGGCGAAAAUUUGUUGGAGGAACAUCAGUCAAGCCACGUCGACAGCCUUGCAAGUCAUCCUACUAAUACCAACCCUGUGACAUCGAAGGACCUACUUCGUAUUCGCCGUUCCCGUGAAACUCAAGUCGCCACGUCAUUGAAGGAGAAGGUGUUUGCUACUCGUCCUAUCGUCGGCAACAUUCCCCAGGUCAAAGAAAAAUUCAGGUUCAAAGACAGCGUCUCACAUAGGGAUCGGCAAAAACGUGAACGAGAAAAAUCCGAAAAUUCGUCGCGUUGGGUAAAGACAAGGAAAUCUCAACCGUUUGACCUCUAA